GCAAAUCCUUUACCGUAGUAGAAUCUGUAAAUCGGCGUCUAGCGUCACACGAGUCCGUCCAUACGAGUCCUGAAGCGGCGGAAGAGGCAUGAUUUUCCAAGCACAGCCUGCUCUUUCACCGCCUAUACCCAGACGUACACAGUAUUAGCGAAUGUACGACCAAAUCUAGACGGUUUUUCAUCAUAUCCAAACGCGCUGCGCUCGCUUUCCGCGACGUAAACUUAUCUGUUAGCUUUAGCCUGCUAGCUUGUCUCAGAAUUUCUGCAAGUAUGAUCAGCCUGGCGGUGGAUUAAUCGCUGAAACUGGCCUAUUUCGACAGAAGAUUCAUUUGUCGUGUGUGAAAACCGCAAUGUCACAUGCUGUUGUAAAGAUAGCCUGUUGUUUUUGUAUUUCCGAAAGCAGAACUGUCUGAAGUUGACGUAGGAUUUGAAGUAGAAAAUCCAUAGCCCAGAUCAGCCCAGGGAGAACAGACUGAAGCCUUUCUGCCUUCAAACUGAUCAAGUUUAGACCGAACAAAGAGGACAUCCACUCAAACCCCGCUUACUUCAUCUGCAGAGAGAGAAUAAAGCACAAACACAGGCUGAUAUGAUGUUUCCACAAGCCAGGCACUCGGCUUCGUCUCAAUCGACACAGCCGCUGAAAUUCACCACGUCAGACUCUUGUGAUCGCAUCAAGGAUGAGUUUCAGUUCCUGCAGGCACAAUAUCACAGCCUGAAGUUGGAAUGUGAUAAACUGGCAAGUGAGAAAUCAGAAAUGCAGCGUCAUUACAUAAUGUAUUAUGAGAUGUCGUAUGGACUCAACAUCGAAAUGCACAAACAGGCGGAGAUUGUGAAGAGAUUGAACGGGAUCUGUGCUCAGGUGUUGCCGUACCUGUCUCAAGAGCACCAGCAGCAGGUUCUAGGGGCGAUUGAACGAGCCAAACAGGUCACCCCUCCUGAGAUGAACUCCAUUAUCCGGCAGCUUCAGGUUCACCAGCUCUCUCAGCUCCAGGGUUUGGCUUUACCCAUGACCCCUCUGCCCCUUGGCUUGACCCCACCGACCCUGCCCGCCGUCACCUCCAGCUCGGGCCUGCUGUCGCUGUCCAGCAUCCUGGCCUCCCACGCACACCUCGCCAAAGAGGACAAGAGCUCCCGCGACGCUGCCGACGGCCACCGUGACGAGGACGCAGACAAAUCCGACUAGCCUUCACGCAGACGGUUCGAGUCUGAUUCUUGAGUUCUGUGAAGAGGGACGGAGCGCAGACAGAGAGAGAGCUUUUCCUCUUCAUGUCUGUCUCAUUGAGUUGGGUCUGAUUCAGUCUGUCUUUCUGCUACUACAGCCAAUCUUUCCUGCGUAACACUGUUUGAUUCUUUUGCUUUUCAUUAGUGGGCCUGCUAAAAUUUCUGUUACUAUUGCUUAUACUCCGGGGGUUAGUGAUCAAAACAGCUCUCAAACCCAGAGUAUUGAACUUCAGCAUGUAACAUACCUCAAAAUCAUGUGUGUAUUAUUACUUUAAGUAAAUUAGACAGAUUUUUUUUACAGACAAUAAAACUGAUGAUAAUU